AGAGAGAGAGAGAGAGAGAGUUGACCCAUUUCCUAUAGAUGAGUAUGGUGUGCUUAAGCACCGGGUGGGUAAAGAGAGAUAUAAAGAGCUCCAUUUCCAGAGUUCCCUUAUUAAUUGCUGCCCAUGGUGACGAGACACGCAAUAGCACGGAGGGUGAGGGAGAAGGGUGGGUGCUGAUCCAGAGCAAGAAGAAGAGCAAAAAAAGAAUAUAUGGAGUCUGUGGAUGAUGAUGGCCGCAUAAGAACAGGAACUGUGUGGACAGCAACAACACAUGCAAUUACUGCUGUCAUAGGAUCAGGUGUACUGGCGUUGCCAUGGAGUGUAGCACAACUGGGAUGGAUCAUUGGCCCUCUAGCUCUCAUUGCUUGUGCCUACGUGACUUACUACACUGCCAUUCUACUUUGCGACUGCUAUCGAACUCCUGAUCCAAUCCAUGGAAGGAGGAACUACACAUACAUGGAUGUUGUUAGAUCAUGCCUUGGGCCCAGAGAUGUAGUUAUAUGUGGUCUUGCACAGUAUGCGAUGCUUUGGGGAACUAUGAUUGGAUACACAAUAAUUUCUGCAAUGAGCAUAGUGGCUGUCGUGCGUUCAAAUUGCUUCCAUUCCAAGGGGCAUGAUGCGAGUUGCCAUGGAUCAGGAACGUUAUAUAUGAUCAUAUUUGGCUUCGUCGAAAUUGUGUUAUCCCAAUUCCCAAGCUUGGAGAAGAUUACCCUAAUUUCGGUGGUCGCCGCCAUAAUGUCAUUUGCAUACUUGUUUAUUGGAUUGUUCUUAUGCAUAGCAAAGCUUGCUUCUCAUGGCUCGAUCAGAGGUAACAUUUUGGGAGUUAAGAUUGGGAUCAAUGGUGUCUCUGCAACAACCAGGACAUGGAACUCAUUCCAAGCUCUUGGAAAUAUAGCUUUCGCAUACACUUAUUCUAUGCUUCUUAUAGAAGUCCAGGACACUCUGAAAUCACCCCCACCUGAAAACAAGACAAUGAAGAGAGCAAGCUUGUAUGCAAUUGGAGUGACAGCAGCUUUAUAUAUUUCAGUUGGUUGCAUAGGAUAUGCAGCCUUAGGCAAUGGUGCUCCUGGAAACAUCCUCACUGGAUUCUACGAGCCCUUUUGGCUUGUGGACAUAGGCAAUAUUGCAGUCCUCAUUCAUCUAAUUGGGGCUUAUCAGGUGUAUGGGCAACCGAUCUAUGCCAAGUAUGAGGAAUGGCUUGCGAAGAAACGGCCAGAAUUAGCCUUCUUCCACACCGUGUACACAAUAGAGCUCCCCUUCUCCAAAGGCUGGACCUUUCGGUUCACUCUGUGCAGGCUCGUCCUUCGAUCGGCCUUCGUCGUGUUAACAACAUUGAUAGCACUGAUGCUACCCUUCUUCAACGCAAUCCUUGGAUUGCUUGGUGCAAUUGCCUUCUGGCCAUUGACGGUGUACUACCCAACGACUUGUUACAUGGCUCAAGCCAAGAUCAAGCGAGGAGAGGCGAAGUGGAUGGUGCUCCAGUGCUUGAAAAUGGUCGCACUCCUCGUCUCGCUCCUGGCUGCCGUCGGAUCAAUUGCAGACAUUGCUCAACGUCUCAAGCAUGUAACAGUGUUUAAGGCCGAGUUAUAAGUGGUAUUAUGCUAAAUAACUGGAAAUGAUAUCUUCAUGUAAGUCAUGCCGUCGGAUCGGUUGGAGUUUGUAAGGUGGAAUUUUAUAACCAAGUUUCUGGUUGCGAACCAAGUUGACACGCCUUUCCAAAUUAAAAUGAGGACUCUGGUUGUAAGAAAAUGCUGGUAUAGGGAUAUAAUGCGGAUUUUUAUAAUUAGCUGUA